AGGAAUAGUCAUACUUUGGUUUGUCUGAAACAUCAACAUGAAUAUAGUAGAGAAAUGUUUGAUUGAAUCUAUCUCGGAAGCACAUGACUUGAAUGUACAUGAUUAUGUACCAAUCAUCAAGGAUCCACCAACAGCAGCAGAAUUUUUUUCAAAUUAUGUCUCCAAAAAUUCCCCAUUUAUAUUGAAAGGUGGCAUAUGCCACUGGACUGCCUUGGGUAAGUGGUCACCGGCGUAUUUUAGGGAAACGAUGUCUGAAAAGGUGGUUACUGUGGCUGUGACACCAAACGGGUAUGCUGAUGCGGUAAAUGGCGAUAGAUUUGUUAUGCCAGAAGAAAUGGAAAUGAAAUUCUGUGACUUUUUAGAUAGUAUUGAAGAAGGGGAAGACGAGAGUGAUGUAUUUUACAUUCAAAAACAGAAUUCCAACAUGACAUCUGAUUUCCCUGAGAUUAUCGGCGAUAUUGAAUCCCACAUAAAUUGGGCAACUGAUGCAUUUGGGGCAAAGCCCUUUCAGAAAGACGCCGUAACUUCAAUGCACAAAGAUCAUUAUGAAAAUUUAUACGCAGUGCUUUCUGGUGAAAAGACAUUCACGCUACACCCGCCAUGUGAUAGACCAUUCAUUCCUCAUAAAAAAUAUACGCCUGCAAAAUAUCAGAAAGUUGGGGAAACGUGGACGAUAAAAGACUUGUUGGAUUCUCAACCAGUACCUUGGAUUGCCAUAGACCCUCUUAAUCCAGACCUUGAAACUUAUCCUAUGUAUAAAAACUGCAAAACCUUGACAGCUAGUGUGAAAGCUGGCGAUCUUCUAUAUUUACCUGCUAUGUGGUUCCACCAUGUUACACAAACUAAUGGCACCAUAGCAGUCAAUUUUUGGUAUGAUAUGGAUUUUGAUUGGAAAUAUAGCUUUUAUCAAACUUUAGAUAACUUAAGUAAAUCAGUUUUGGGAACAUAAAUAUAGUUUUGACUUCACAUUUGCAAAAGGGCUUGCAGCUCUUUCAGGUGGACGGUUUGGUGACCAUAAGAUGGCAGUGUAUUUUGGAAACAAUAAUUUUGCUUUCUAGCGAAUUGGUUAUAUCCUAGAAUAAACCUUUUCCGCGAAGCACAACCCCAAUGAAAUGCAGCAGACGUCCCAGAAACCCUUGUGCAAUGAGUGACGUAGUAAAAAAUAUAUAAAUAUACAGUAUAUGAAAACCUAAGAUCUUCAUUAAUCUGGGGUGCUUUGCAUGCAAGUUACUUUCUUUCUAAAAUAUGUUCAAAAUCAUGUCCGGGAAAAUCGCCGUAAGAAAUCUCGCCGCAUAGGAACAAUCGCAUUUUGCUGUAAAACAAGUAUAAGUUUUAUAGGGUUAGGGUAUGCUCUUAAACAAACGAAUCUAUUUUAAAUAAGGCGAUUUUUCCUAUGCGGCGAAUUUUUCUGCGGCAAAUUUCCCUAGAACUUUUCAAAAGAACCUGGAUUCUGUGAGUUUAUCUUCCUGUACUUGAUGAUCUGUCUGGCAAAUACCGGUAGUACAGCAUUUGA